UUGAGCUGUAACUUGAUUAUGAUGGAUGAGACCCGGCUGGAACUCCCUCAAUUUUAGCUCCAACAUGCGAAAGCAGUACUCUUGUUGUUAAAAAAAAACGUGGAAAUGCAUCAGCCGAGCACAACUAUGGCGUUUAGCAUUGAGUCUAUCAUGUCAACUCCUAUGACGACUGCAACUCCGAUAUUGCACAACGGGUAUAGUGCAUUUCAUCGCCAACCUAACGCCGUCACGACAGCAGCGGUUCUGUGUCCCAUACCGCAGCAAACACCAGCAGUCGUACUGCCAACAUCCACCUAUAUGAACGUCACAAACGCUCAGCAUCUGACAGUUAGCUGCAAGAGUCAAUAUAUUACCGGGGUGUCAGGAGAAACGGGACAGCCCAGCCAACAACAACUCACAUUAAAUAGCAGCAGUAGUCCCGCGUUGUCCAGUGAACCAGCCACUACUCUGGAUAUACCGAAUGAAGCCUGUCUUAAACAACAACACAUUGACGAUCAUCAAACGUCUAUAACAAGACGCGACUCGGAAGCAUUUGCAGAUCGAGAUGAAAGCGACGCGGACGGGGUCUCAAAAUGGAGGGACGAACAGUGUGAUCAGUUUGACAACGGUGACGAUGACGAUGACCUAGUCAACGAUGACUCUGGCACAGGGUCGAGUAAAACACGGCGUCGUCGCACGGCGUUCACCAGCGAACAGUUGCUCGAACUGGAAAAAGAAUUUCACAGUAAGAAAUACCUAUCUUUAACCGAACGCUCACAGAUUGCCAGUGCCCUUAAACUGAGCGAAGUGCAGGUUAAAAUUUGGUUUCAAAACCGACGGGCCAAAUGGAAACGUGUUAAAGCUGGUAUUACAAACCCUCGAAGUAAUGCCACCACGAACAAUAACGCACCGAAAAUAGUCGUCCCUAUUCCAGUCCACGUAAACCGUUUUGCAAUACGCACUCAACAACACAAUAUGGCACCCAACAUGCAGCAGCAACUACCAAGACCAUGACAUUACAAUCUUUUAAGACAACAUCAGUUUAUGAAGGACGGAGUCAGAACAAUGAAAUCAGCCCCACCGAUUGCCGUAAAGACGAAAAACCACCUUAAAAAGUAGUGCGCAUUUACAACGAAUUUUAGACGAAAGCAAGCAAUAGUUGGUUGAAAGAAUAUUGUUGUCGUUAGUUUUGUGUUGAAAAUCAUUUGGAUUUCGUCGACUACUGGCGUUUGUUAUGUUUCUGUG